AUGCAGAACGGAAGCUCACCACCGUGGCCUGUACCGUCCACGACUGAGCCACUAUUCGGCCUGUGGCAACCAAAUCUAUCCCUGAAACAUCUUUUCUACGGCGAGGGCUGUGUCCGAACCUACCUACUGAAUACACUACCGUCCCCCGAAUCAAAGGUCUGCAUCAUCACAGGGCGAUCGCUGGCGGAGAAGACACCAGUAAUCCGCAAGCUUGAGGUACUGCUGGGUAUGCACCACGCCAUCACGAUCUCGAAUAUUCGACAGCACGGUCCCUCCAUCGACGUCGACGCUGCGCUGCAGACAGUGCUGCAGGAUGAUUUGAUCGAUACGUUGAUCUCUGUAGGUGGUGGCUCGCCUAUCGAUACAGCCAAGUCGAUAGCAUAUCGUGUAUCAGAGGCCAGGAACGGGAAGUGGUUGCAUCACAUUGCCAUCCCAACAACGCUCAGUGCGGCCGAAUGUACACCUGGUGGUGGUUAUACCAAGCCAGAUGGCGUCAAGGUGGGUUUCAUGGCUCCAGAAAUGGCCGUCCGUUCCAUUUUUUACGAUCCCUACUUCGCCGCCUACACACCCACACAGCUAUGGCUCACCACCGGCAUGCGCGCGAUGGAUCAUGCCGUCGAGUGCUUCUACCAUCCCUAUGGCUCAGAGGUGUGGAAAGUGCAAUCAUUGUGGGCUGCACAGACCCUCUUCGAGUAUCUUCCCAGAGCCCGCGAUAGCCACCCGAACGAUCGCCGCACAACUGUCAUGUUACAGCUGGCGGCGUUCAUGAGCUCGGGUUUGAAGGGCGGCAACCUUCGAGGUGGCAUGGGGCUCUCGCACAGCCUGGGACACGCACUGGGCUCGCCCUACGGCCUGCCUCAUGGUGUCACAUCAUGCUUGACGUUGGGACGAGUAGUGCAACUCAAGGCGCGGGGGUCGGAGACGGACGCGCAGCAGAUCGCACGACUCUUGCCGGCCGUGGGUGGAGGGGCGACGGGGAAUGUGCAAGCAGAUGCUCUGAUGGUGGGAGCGCGCAUUCUUGAGCUCGUCGGUCGACUAGGCAUCGCGCCAAGCAGUCUGACCGCUUUGGGUGUAGCUCAAGAGCAGAUUCCCAUCAUCACGAGUCGCGCUUGUGGUGGCGUGAAAGACGGACCUUUUUAUGAUUCUGUUUUGGACCUUGUGAGCACGUUGUUCUAG